AUGAAGACCGUCGCCACCAUCGCCGCCUUGGCCGCCAUGGCCAACGCCCACGCCACUUUCCAACAGCUCUGGAAGAAUGGAAAGGAUCUUGAGAGCACCUGCGCCAGGCUGCCUUCCACCAACAGCCCCAUCGAGGACUACACCAGCAAGGCUCUUCAGUGCAACGUCAGCCCUGCUGCCGCAAAGGGAAAGUGUGCUUUCGCAGCUGGUGACACAGUUACUAUUGAAAUGCACCAGCAGUUCAACAGCCGUGACUGCAAGACCGAGGCCAUUGGUGGUGCUCACUGGGGACCCGUCCUUGCCUACCUGUCCAAGGUUGAAGAUGCCGCCACUGCCGAUGGUUCCAGCGAGUUCUUUAAGAUCUACGAGAACACCUGGGCCAAGAACCCAGCCGCGUCUCAGGGAGACAACGACUUCUGGGGUACCAAGGACCUCAACUACAACUGCGGAAAGCUCGACUUCACCAUCCCCAAGGACCUCGCCGCUGGUGACUACCUCCUCCGCGCUGAGGCUAUUGCGCUUCACGCUGCUGGCCCUGCUGGUGGUGCUCAGCACUACGUCACUUGCUACCAGCUUACUGUUACUGGUAGCGGUACUCUCGCGCCCAAAGGUGUCACAUUCCCUGAGGCCUACAGCAAGACUGGCCCAGGUCUUGGUUUCUCUAUCCACGCCAACCUCGACUCUUACCCUGCCCCUGGUCCUAAGCUGAUUGCUGGCGGUACCAAGGCCACCCCCUCCCUCCUGACCUUUGGCACCCUUUCUGGUGCUCCUGCUCCUGAGGCUGGUGCUCCUGCUGAUGAUGAGACUCCUGUCGCUUCCGCUUCGUCUGCUGCCGCUUCCACUCCCGCUGCCACUCCUAGCAGCCCCGCCGAGGAUGCUGAGCCCUCUGCUACCCCUGCUGAGACUCCCGCCCCUGUUGAAUACUACCAGUGUGGCGGCAUGAACUACAAGGGUGCGACUGAAUGUGCCGAGGGCCUUGAGUGCAAGCAGUGGAACCCCUACUACUUCCAGUGCGUCAAGUCUGGAUCCAGCAACGGUUCCCAGUCUCCCCCAUCCAACAACGCUCCUUCCACCGGCGCUCCCUCUACCGGUGCUCCUUCCACCGGCGCUCCCUCCACUGGUGCUCCUUCAACUGGCGCUCCCUCCACCGGCGCCCCAUCUGACAACGGCCCCUCCGACAACACCCCAGCCCCCAAGCCCGAGCCCACCAACGUCACCCCCGAGGCCGCUCCUUCCGCCACUCCUUCCGCCCCCGCCGCUGGCGCUGGUGAGAAGAAGUACACCCUCGAGACCUUUAUUGCCUUCCUUGAGGAGGAGGCUGGUGCCGAGAAGGCGGCCAAGAUCCGCCGUAUGAUUGAGGCUCUUCUCUAA